GUACUCCCCCCGCCAUGCUGUCUGCCUGGUCCCGUCGGUGGCUCUGGGGCGAUGCCAUGUGUGACGUAGAAGGCUUCAUCGUCUACUUCCUGGGACUGUCGUCGAUGUAUAUCCUGAUGGCCAUUGCCUUGGACCGCUACAUCGCCAUCAGCAAGCCGCUGCUAGGCACCAAGAUCACCAAGACUGUGGCUGCGGCCUCCUGUGGGCUCUGCUACUUCCUGGGCUUCCUGUGGGCCGUCUUUCCCGCCUUUGGCUGGAACGAGUACGAUCUGGAGGGAGCCGGCAUUUCCUGCAGCGUCAUCUGGGAGACAGACGACCCGCUGUACACCAGCUACAUCUACGUCAUCUUUAUCUUCUGCCUGGUGGUGCCGUUAGCAGUCAUGUUUUACUCAUACUGGGGAGUCCUGUCAACGCUGCGGAACCUGAAUAAAAACUCCGUCUGGGACAUGAAUAGCCGCGUGGCGCGGAAAAAUCUGGCCAUUGAGAGAAAGAUGUUGAAGACAGCCGUGCUGAUUGUCCUGAGUUUCCUGGGAUGUUGGAUGCCCUACACUGUCGUUUCUUUCAUCGCUGCCUUUUUCGGCAGCCACCUGAUCCCGCCAAUUUUGGCCACCAUCCCGCCAGUCAUCGCCAAAUUCACAUGUACCAGGAGCCGUUACCUAAUUGUUCUGUUUUCUCUUGCAGGCCUCUUCGACCCUAUAAUCUACAUGAUUCCUUGUGAGGGACUCAAGAAAAGCCUCUUGAAGGAGCGAGAGGAACCGGUGGAGGAACAAGAAUCGGAGGAGUCCGACGUGGAGGAAGGAACUUCCAAGCAGAAAAACAAAAGGUCUGGACAAAGUCAGAAGAGAACAGACUCGGGGAAACAGAAGAAGUCUGGAGCCAGAAAGAACCAGGUACAGCCGGUGGAGAAGGCGGCCAAGGAAUGUAUGGACGUCGAGGGCGAGGACACUUGUCUCAGUCCUGUGGUCAUCUCACAGUCGGGCGAUGAAGCUCAAGUGUGCUUCUCUAAAUCUAGAGGCCAAUCAUCGCCUUGA